AUGAAAUAUACGGGAUAUGUCAGCCCAGGAGUUAAGCGAAAUGGGAAAGACAAUAUUGAUAGUCGACGUAAGCCGAAAACAAGACCUUUCUCCGCAGGAGUAAUAGAUUCUAAGAAAAAAGAAGCCGCGAAAGUAGCUCGGCUGACGUCUGGUACGCCGAAAAAAUUUAAUUGUAAACACGAUCAGCAGUUGGAAGAGCUAAAGGAUACAAAUGAAAGAGUGAAAAGUCUUGAAUUAUUAAACGUACAACUUGUAGACGAUUGUAAGGCGUUAAAGAACAUAGUAAGGCAAUUAGAAGAAGAUAAACAUGUGGCUGAAUUUAAAUUAGUUGAAUGCGAGAAAUUCGUAAAUCGGCUUGCAAAGGAAUACAACAAUAGAGAAACUGAACUUAAAAAUUAUAAGCAAAAUGAGCAAAGUGCAUUGGUUGAGUUAAACAAGGAGAAGAAUGAAAGAAAGAACUUUAGUAUCCAACGCGAGAAAGAUGCUAUGACUAUACAGGACUUGCAAAGGCAGGUUAAGGAAAUGGAGUUGAUAUUAAGGAGGAAACAUCCGGACUCUGUUUCCGCGUUAAUUGUUGCAUCAAAAUCAUCCACAGUCGACGAUAAUAAAAAGAAAUUGUUAGAAGAUCGUAUAUUGAGGUUAGAAAAAGAAUUGAAAGACAAAGAAACGCAUUUUCACCAGGUUUUAAUGACUCUUCAAGAAAAGUUUACCGACAUGAAACAGAAAUACGAGAAUCAUAUAGUCGACGUAGAGAGACAGCUAAUGGAUGACAAAAAAACCAAUAACGACUUGAAAAAUAAAAUUAAUAAAGUUAAUUUACAAGACAUUGCCGUCCAAACAGUCCAAAAAAAUCAACAUACGGUUGGGACACAAACUUUUUUAAAGGCUGACAGAGCAUCGUCAGCCGUUAGUAGAUUAACCCAGAAUUCAGCCUUAAUUUUUAACAGACUAAAAGAAGACAGCUACCUCAUUGCUACAAUAAAGGGAUUACAGACUGAACUUACAGCGAAACAACGAACAAUUGCUAAAAUUAACCGGGAAUCGGAAGAGUUAAGAAAGAAUUUGAGAAAUCUGCAAAAGGAAAAAGAAAUUUUAAUGAAUUUAAACCCGCAAAAGAAAAAUACAUGUAGACCAGCUAAGUCGGCUGAGAGUGUGAUGCUUAAAGUGACUCAUGAGAUGGAAGCUGAAAUAUCAGAUGUAAGAAAGCAGAAGGAAGCCCUCAUGGAAGAAAGGGUGGGUCUUCUCGCAUCUUUAAAAAGGACUAAUGAAGACCUAAUUAUGUUGAAAAAGAAACGUAUACAAGAUCUCCAUACACUACAGUUGGCUCAUGAAAAAGAGCUAAUGCAGAUGAACAUGCAACUGUACCCUCUACAAGAAGAAAUUAAACUGCUAAAUCGCACUGUAGAAAUUCUUCAGGAACGGGUAAGAACAGCGGAUGACAAGUUGAUAAAGUACCAAGCGACUGACGUGCACGCGGGUGGGGAUAAUUUUGGGUCCAAGGGGAUUAGCCGUAAGUGA